CCUCCUUUUUAUUCGGUCCGUGCCGCCCCACUUCCGGUUCCUGGGCGAGUUUGAUGCUGCCGGUCCUGGGCCAUGGUGCGGUUCCUGCACAUCCAGAACCGGCAGCGAGCGCCGCUGACCCUCUGCGGGGAGUGUCCGGCUGUGCAGGCUGAAGCAUCACCAUAUUCUCUAGUUGACAUCUGCUUGAACGUCUUAGUAGCUGAUUUAGAAAAAUUCUGUGUAGAAAGGCCAGAUGGGUCAUUGUGUCUCAAAGAAUCUGAAAGGCUUCCUCAAGAAGUGGCUGACCGAUUGCUGCAGACAAUGGCAUAUCGAGAGCUGCUUAAUGAUGGCACAGUGGGCAUCUUCCGGGGGAACCAAAUGCGUUUGAAGCAAGCUUGUAUCCGGAAGGCUAAAAUCUCAGCCCAGUCAUUUAAAAAAGCCUUUUGUCAUCAUAAACUAGUUGAACUUGAUGCUGCAGGAAUGAAUGAUGCGGUUACUGUUACAGACGUGGUGCAUGGGCUGGGUAGCAGUACCUGGAUUCAGAACAACCUUCAGUGCCUUGUUUUAGACUCAUUAACUAUUUCCCCAUCAAAUCCUUAUGAAAGAUGUUUUAGUCAGUUAUCUGGUCUUCGCUCUUUGAGCAUUACCAAUGUGCUUUUCCACAAUGAAGAUCUAGCUGAAGUUACUUCCCUGCCAAAAUUAGAAAGCUUGGACAUAUCCAAUACUUCUGUCUCCGACAUAACUGCCCUUCAUGCCUGCAAAAAUCAACUAAAGUCUUUAACUAUGCACAGUCUGAAAUGUUUGAAAAUGUCUACACCAAAGUUCUUAGAAGUAAUAAGGGAACUGAAGCAUCUGAUCCACCUUGAUAUCUCAGAUGAGCAGCAUUCCACAUCAGACAUUCCUUGUCGUUUGCUGGAGCAAAAAGACAUUCUGCCUAAUCUUGUAUCUCUGGAUAUUUCUGGAAGUAAAUCCAUUACAGAUGAGGCUGUAGAAGCAUUUGUAAAGCAGCAUCCAAGAAUGAGUUUUGUGGGGUUGCUUGGAACUGAAGCUGGAUACACAGACUUCCUUUCAGGAGAAGGAACCCUGAAGGUAUCAGGAGGAGAAAAUGAAAUGCAAAUUUCAGAGGCUUUGAAACGCUACAGCGAGAGAGCAUGUUUUGUGAAGGAAGCCUUUUUUCAUCUUUUUACUCAGACAUGUUUUAUGAGAAUUACAAAACCUGAAAUUCUAAAGCUUGUGAUUAUUGGAAUGAGAAAUCACCCUUUGGAUUUGGCAGUACAGUUGACUGCUAGUGCCUGUGCCCUCAAUUUAACUAGGCAAGGUUUAGCAGCAGGCAUGCCUGUUCGUCUGCUCUCCAGUGUGAUCCAGUUGCUUCUAAAAGCUAUGGAAACUUUUCCUGAACAGCAGCAGCUCCAGAAGAAUUGUCUUCUUUCAUUAUCCAGUGUUAGGAUUCUGCAAGAUGUUCCAUUUAACAGGUUUGCAGCUGCUAAAUUUGUUGUUCAAUGGUUAUGUAACCAGGAAAAUCAACAUAUACAAAGAAUUGCAGUUAACAUAAUCUCUAUCCUGGCACUUAAGCUUUCAGAUGAACAAGCAGCACAGCUUACUUCAGAGUUCUACAUUGUUGUUGGGAAACUUCUGGAAAUAAUUGAACAGAAAACAAAUCAGAAUGAAUUGGAUACAACUUUCCAUUUUACACUGAGUGCACUUUGGAAUCUCACAGAUGAAGCUCCAACUACCUGCCGACAUUUCAUUGAUAACAAAGGAUUAGAACUUUUCCUGAGAGUUUUAGAGACAUUUUCUUCUGAUUCUUCUAUACAGCACAAAGUCCUCGGCCUUCUGAACAAUGUAGCAGAAGUGAGAGAGCUACAUUCCAAGUUAAUGCAGAAGGAUUUCAUAGAUCACGUCAGUGAAUUGCUGAGCAGUGCUGAAAUGGAAGUUGGUUACUUCUCAGCUGGGAUUAUUGCCAAUUUGCUAUCUAGAGGUGAACAAGCCUGGACGUUGAGUCAGACACAAAGAAGAUCCCUAAUUGAAAAACUGCACUCAGCCCUCCUGAAGUGGCCAACACCAGAAUGCAAGAUGGUAGCACUUCCAGCUUAUAGAUCCCUUCGGCCUUUCUACCCAUUGCUAGACUGCUUUGCAUUACCUGGCGUUCAGAUAUGGGCAGCGUGGGCUAUUCUGCACAUCUGUUGCAAAACCCCUGCGAGAUACUGUGCCAUGCUAAUGGAAGAGAAUGGGAUACAACAUUUGUAUAACAUCAAAGAAAAUGAUCAAAGUGAUCCAGAUGUUCAGUAUCUAACAAAUGAGAUACUAACUUACGUGGACACUCACGUGAAAUAUUAUGGGAAGCCUAAAUACCUAAAGGAGCUACAAGCCAAAUCAAAUGGAUAACGGAGGACACUACUGAACAUUCAUCCUGUUUUCUCAAGGUGUGCUGGUGAUUUCUAUCCUUUCAGUCAUUUCUGGUCCAGAUGGCCAUUCUUGUAAGAGCUGAAGAUAUUUGUAUGGUGUGCACACCUGGAAGUCUAAAAAGUUGCUUGAAUUUGUAACUUCCAUUUUUACAAGGGAGAUGGAGCCCUAUUCCUAGACAAAACUGCUCGCUAGUUUUGUAGGACUUGAACAGAGUCUGAAAUUUGCGAACAACCAGUGUUUAUGGUGGCAGUCAAAAAGUUAAGGACAUUGCAAAUGAAACUUUAAAACUGUUUCUUCUCAUGCAAAUAGUCCCUAAAAUGGUCAUUACCUAUUAUACCUAUAGUAGAAUCAGUACUGUUUAUGACUGCUGAGCAGAAAUAAGAUUGGCUUAGCCUUACUUAUUAUUAUUAUUACUGGUUCAAGAUAUAAUUCCUUUUCAGUAAAAUUCCAAGUGGUUUGAGAAGAACUCUGAAAAUACUGGGCACAGGGCAACUAGUUCAGUUAAUAUGUUGGAUGAAUCUAUGGCAGGUUGUUAGGCCAGACACAAGUUUUCAUAAACUGCUUAUGCAACACUUCUUCUAAGUGUGCAUGUCCUAAAAGGGAAAAUUUUGUCUGCUGUUUUACACUGUAUUGCCAAGUCUAACAUAAGGCAUGGUAAUUGCAUUGUUUUGGAAGUGUAUAUAUAAGCUAUUUUUGUAUAAGGUGGGAGAGGGAUCAUUCAAGGUGCUUUGAAGUUUAUCAAAAAUAAAAGGCAUGUCCAUUGACAACAGUUAAAAAUAGCUGCAUGUGUUUAUCUUCAUCAAACUGGCUAGUACUAAGGAUGGAACGAAGUUUCACAAGGGUCACAGUAGUAAUAUCAAUAGAAUCCUAAGGUUAUAAGAAAAUGAGUUUGCUUCAAUAUAGCUGUGUUUUCACAGAUAACGUAGGUGAAGUUUAAAAGCAGUGAUGGGAUACUGGGAUGGCUCUGGACCUACCCCAGGGAAACUGCUAUUCAGAGGAGGUUCUGAGAUCAGAAAUAACCUCUCCAUAUGUUACUUUGUUUUUGCUCACUGUAUUGAAAUUGUUUUGGAGAAGAAAGCAUAGGCAACCGAGGAAGAAGUUCUGCAUCCACGUGAGACACUUUAAAAUUGUGCCCAGUGUCACUUCAUAAAACAUCAGAAUGGUUUGCCCUGAAGCAGAUAGGUUGUGCUGUCAUAACAUCUAGUUUGGUCUUUACUCAUUAAAAGGGAAAUGCUUAGGUCACGCAGGUAUUUUCCUUCUUUCUUUGCUAUAGACUGUUAGUACUAUAGCCUGCAUAUUUGCCUUCUUAUAAAUUGACCAGUGUCAGCAAACAUGCCAUCUUUUUGUUUGAAAUAAAUAAUGCAAAUAA